AUGGUUGCACAAGAUCUAACAGUACAUGUCAUAGCUGAGCGAUAUCAACAUUCACUUGAUACAGUGAAGAGGAAGUUGGAUGAGGUUUUAAGUGUUCUAUUAAAACUCGCAGCAGAUAUAGUGAAACCUACAAGGGAAGAUUUGACAAGUGUUAGUCCUUUUCUAGUAGAUCAUAGCAGGUAUAUGCCUUAUUUUAGAUACUGCAUUGGUGCCCUUGAUGGUACUCAUGUGCCAGUUCGUCCUCCAUCAGGGAAUGUAGAGCCAUUUAGAGGUCGAAAAGCAGAAACAACAAUGAAUUUGCUUGCAAUAUGCAAUUUCAGUAUGAGAUUUACUUAUGCUUAUGUUGGAGUUCCUGGGAGAGCACAUGACACAAAAGUGCUAACAUAUUGUGCUACACAAGAAGCUUAUUUCCCCCAUCCUCCGCGUGGAAAAUACUAUUUAGUCGACUCAGGUUAUCCAACUAGAAGUGGUUACCUAGGCCCUCAUCGCAGAGUUAAAUAUCACCUAGACCAGUUCAACAGAGGAGGACCACCGACCAACAGUAGGGAGCUGUUUAACCGUAAACAUUCUGGUUUGAGAUCGAUAAUUGAGCGAACCUUUGGUGUUUGGAAGGCCAAAUGGAGAAUUCUUGACAAGAAGCACCCUAAGUAUGAGCUGAAUAAAUGGAUUAAGAUUGUGACAGCAACAAUAGCUCUCCAUAAUUUUAACAGAGAUUCACAAGAGGAUGAUAUUGAUUUUUUACAUUGGGAAGUGGUGGAAUCAUAUGAACAUCAUGGUGAUGAAAACGAUGGACAUGUUCCAUACGUACUUGCUGGUGAUAGAAUGAUGGAAGAUGUGCGUGAUUCUAUCACUAUGGAGAUGGCAGAAGGAACUAGAGUUCCAUAUUAG